AUGAAUGCAUUAUUCGACAGAUAUGUUCAUGCGAAGACAAACUUGAAGGAGUUUGUCGACCAGUUUGACAAUGCCUUGAGAAAGAAAAUCGAGAAUGAAAUCAGUCCGGACUUCCACUCAUUUAGCGUUACAAUACCAUGCAUAUCUAGAUCUCCAAUCGAGAAGAGAUUCCAAGAGUUGUACACGAAUGCAAAAUUCAGGGAAGUUCAACAGCAAGUUAUGGGUGUGCUCGAUAUGGAUCCAUCUCUACUUAGACGGGAUGGUGUGAAGAAGACCUACUUGGUUGAAGAUGAAAUUUGUGUUGAGGAGUUCACAAAACAUGUUACAUAUUAUGUGGACUUUAAUGAGGAAGAUUGUGAUGUUAAGUGUUCAUGUGGGUUAUUUCAAAUGAAGGGGAUACUGUGUAGGCAUGUCUUGGCCAUAUUCAAAUGUAACGGGAUAAAGUACUUACCGGAUAGGUAUAUUUUAGAUCGAUGGAGGAAGGACAUCAAACGGAGAUAUACGUUAAUCCAGAGUACCUAUGAGGGAGGAAAUCAACGGGAAGAUACUAACAGAUAUUCAAGUCUGUUGAAUAUUUGUUAUCGGAUGAUUACUCAUGCAGCGGGUUCAAAAGAGCAUACUGAAGAUGCAACUAAGAAGUUAUAUGCAAUGAUUGAUUUAUAUCAUGGCUCCCAAGAACCCUCUUCUUUGACCUAA